CAGGUCAGUUUUAUGCAUAUUGAAUUAAGUUUCUUGAACUUUUACUGUUUGUGGAAAUGCCUAUGUGAAAAAUGGUGUUCAAUUUAUCAAACUUGUUGGUUGGAGUAAAGUUGGAGUCUGUCUUGACUAGGACAUGGGACCUAGAAAUUACAGCAAUAUUGACUGAAAUGAUAGUUUGAAUGAUUUUGGAACAAGUAUGUAUGAUGAUGUAUUCCAGGUCUUUAUCAAUAUACAGGACAGUUUCUUUGAUAAGAAAAGUCUGUAAAAAAUUGAUGGUUUGGAUAAUUCUAAGGAAGUUUCUUACAAUGAAGACUUAUCUCUAAGGAUAAGUCAAGAGGUUGUCAGAGUUGAGAAAGUAUCCACUUGGUGUUAUUUUUUGUAUUUGCAAGUGGUUGGCAUACUGGAUUCGUCUAAUUAGAAUUUGUCUUAAACUCUUAAGAGUGUUUGACUUCCUUAUAAUGAUCAUUUGGUUGGUAAUUCCGACAUGGUUAUAGAGUUUCAAUGCCUUUCUGAGAUUUAAAUUGAGUUCUAGAGAAGGGAAUUUUGUUUUGUCUGUGCGUAUGUGGUGUGAUACAGAGCAAAGGAAACCAGACAUAAUUUCGGACCCUGUUCUUCUGCUAAUACCGAAGAAGCAUAAUCAGGAGUGGAUCAAUGUCAAGAUACACACAGAUUGAUGAUAACUACGACAGCAUAGAACAGGUGGUAUUAGCUCUUAUUCAAGCUGGUCUAGAAUCCACAAGUUUGAUCGUUGGGAUCGAUUUCACAAAGAGCAAUGAGCGGAAAGGGGCUAUAUCAUUCAACAACAAGUCUCUUCAUCACAUUGGAGAAGUGACAAACCCGUACGAGCUAGCAGUAACAGUUAUUGGGGAAACUCUUUCAGCUCUGAAUAGCGAGGACAAUAAUCUCAUCCCUUGUUUUGGAUUCGGAGAUGAAUCAACAGUUGAUGAGGAUGUAUUUAGUUUUUAUUCAGAUCAAAGACCAUGUAUUGGUAUCGAGGAAGUACUGGAUCGUUAUAGAGAACUUGUUCCUCAAGUUCGCCUAGCUGGGCCAACAUCUUUCGCUCCUAUAAUUGAAACGGCUAUAGAUAUUGUGGAGAACAGUGGACGUCGAUAUCAUGUUCUGCUCAUUAUUGCGGAUGGUCAGGUUACAAGAAGUUCCAACACAGGAAUAGGUCAGUUAAGUCUGCAGGAACAGGAAACAAUUGACGCUAUAGUUAAAGCGAGUGCAUAUCCGUUAUCAAUCGUUUUUGUUGGUGUUGGUGACGGACCCUGGGAUAUGAUGAAGGAGUUUGACAAUAAUAUUCCUCAUCGAACAUUUGAUAAUUUUCAGUUUGUGAAUUUAACGGAAAUCUUGAACCAAGAUAUCUCUAUUGAGCAAAUGCACUCAGAAAUCGCUCUAGCAGCAUUGAUGGAAAUACCUUCACAGUACCUUGCAACUUUAGAGCUUCAGGGUCUGGGCCACAGACACGAGAGGUGGAGGAGUCCACUACCUCCUCCUAUUAAUCACCAGCAAUCACCUUUACCUUUUCCGACUGGUCAACAACCGCGUGAUUGUUUUGCUAAUAGUGAUACUUCUUCCAAUUCUCGCUCUGCAGAGGACACACGUGAAGAGGCAGUCUGUCCUAUAUGUCUUGACAAUUCUAGAGAUUUAGCUUUUGGAUGUGGCCAUCGGACAUGCCAAGAAUGCGGGAGCGAGUUAUCACUAUGUCCCAUCUGUCGAACCCCAAUAAGUAUCAGGAUCAAACUUUACUCAUGAGCUAUCACUCUUGCUAGUUCGCAAAUUGGUUGUCAAUAAUUUGUAAUUUGAUUGAAGCACAAGAGCUUUUGUUUGAUAUUCUAUUUGGUUACUGUCUCUGUUUUA